AUGGCAUCUAUCGGACAUAACGAGACUGCCGCGGUAGAAGCCUUCGACGACGACGCCGCGACGGCAGUCGAGAAGCACGCACCCGGUCAUGUUCAGCUCCCACUCGCGCCAGGGAGCCACCCUCAUAACCCCGCCUCUCAUGACCCCGAUCGCCCUGAUAUCAGUUUCCCGUUCCAGACGACAAAUACCGUAGAAGGUGGCUUCACAGACGAGUACCGGGUCACUUCAAAAACUGGAUACAUCACUGCCGACCUCGCCCUUCGUCCGGUUCCUUCUCGCUACCACAAGCUUCCUGCUGUGCUCGCGGACCCCGAGAAGGCGUUCCGACUCAAGCAGGUUAAGCUCGUGACCUGGUACGAGAACGACCCUGAAGACCCACGUAAUUGGAAAAACGCUUACAAGUGGUAUAUCACGUUCGUUUGCGCACUCUCGGUCGUGGCGAUUGCUUUCGCCACGGCCAUUAUUGCCGGUGAUUUCGGCGGCGUCAUGGAGGAGUUCCAGGUCUCCGAGGUCGUCGUCGCACUCAGUGUUUCUCUUAUGAUCAUCGGGUUUGGUAUAGGACCAUUGAUCCUCGCGCCACUGAGCGAGCUUCAUGGAAGGCGUCCGUUCUGGGUCGUGCCAUUCGUAAUAUACAUUAUCUUCAACAUCCCCUGCGCACUCGCGAAAAACAUCGGCACCCUGCUCGUGUCAAGAUUCCUGUGCGGUCUGUUUGGCUCCGGGCCGUUCGCGCUCGCAGGAGGCGCCAUCGCUGAUAUAUGGGACAACAACGAGCGCGGCUUCGCGGUCGCGCUGUUUGCGGCUGCGCCUUACGGCGGCCCCGUCCUCGGACCUAUCGUCGGCGGCUUCAUCGGAGAGACCGUCGGCUGGCGGUGGAUUUUCUGGGUCAACAUGAUGUUUGCCGGCGUGGUGGCGUGUAUGUGCGCGACAAUCCCGGAGACGUACGCGCCCGCAAUUCUACUCAAGAGGGCGAAGCGGCUCCGUGCGGAGACGGGCGACCCGCACAUCACGACCGAGCAAGAGCUGUUUAGGAAGUCAUUGAAGGAGAUCGUCGUCGAGACCGCCAUACGGCCGUUCCAGAUGAUUGCGACGGAACCCAUCCUGACUCUCAUGUCCAUGUAUGCGUCUCUGAUCUACGGUCUCUUGUACGCGUUCUUCUUCAGCUUCCCCAUCGUCUUCUCUGAGGGCUACGGGUACAACGACGGCAUCACCGGCCUGAUGUUCUGCUCGGUGUUGAUCGGCGUCGGGCUCGCCCUGUUCGUGACUCCCCGUCUCGAGAGGGACUACCUGCGCCGCGCGAAGGAAAAGGGCGGACAUGCCGACCCCGAGGACCGUCUCAUCGGUAUGAUGAUCGGCUGCUGGUUCAUUCCCAUCGGCAUGUUCAUCUUCGGAUGGACGAGUCCACCAACGGUCAUGCCUGGUGGCGGUAACUGGGUGGGCCCUUGCUCUGCCGGCAUUCCCUUCGGCUUCGGAAUGGUCGUGCUGUACUUCUCCGCCAAUGCGUACAUCAUUGACGCGUUCCCCGGAUACGUCGCGUCUGCCCUCGCCGCGAAGAUUGUCAUCCGUUCCGGGCUCGGCGCUGCGACGCCGCUGUUCAUCUCCGCCAUGUUCCACAACCUCGGAAACGGAUGGGCCGCCUCCGUCUGGGGCUUUAUCUCCUUCGCUCUCAUCCCGAUUCCGUUCUGCUUUUACCGGUACGGGAAGGCCAUCCGCGGCAAGUCGAAGCGCGCGGUGUAG